AUAAAUAUUACAUCAAUCUUGACAAACGUUAUGGCAACAUGGAAGACUCCUACGUCUACACACAAAGUCUAAUGAAUUAUGCAGAAGUCAUUUUGAACCUCUACACCUGUUAUUUGGACAAAAUUCGAAGCAAGCACACCAUUCCUCUGGCAUUCACUGUCACCGUGAUGACAUUCUGGAAAACCGUCUUAUAUUUUCUCAUGUUUGCCGAGCCAUGUGGAGACACCUCCUACCGAGCAGGAAACUCAGCUCUCUCUGAGUUCUUCCUCGUUAUAAUCCCAAACGGUGUUUGGUUGGUUCUUCCUCUUUUGGUUUUGGUCAAACUCUGGGCACACAUAACACCUAAGGAACAUUUGGAACUGAAGUCGAGAAACGAAUAAUUUAAUCAAUGUCUACAUCUCACCAACAUCACAAAUGCAUAUUUUAAAUAUAUUUUUUAUUUGAUUUGAUGGGAAGUGCCUGUAAUACCACAUUCCAUCAUAAGGACGAUUAAAUCAAAUCUAUAUUAUUUUUGUUACAGAAACCUAUCAUACAUCAGAAACCAUUACAGAGACAUUUUCCAUCUAUCAUAUUUUGUUAUACAAAUCUAUUCACCCGAACGUACGACAUUCUUUUAUACAAUUACAAAGGAACAUUAAUCAUCCGUGUCACUUUAAAAUUAUGUUUAAUAUUUGUUGGUUUGACUGAUCACAAUAUUUUCAUUCUCAGAAGUAGGUAUGAAAUUUAGAGUGCUUUGUUUAAGGAAGAAAUAAAAGGAAAAAACGAUGAAGAAAACGAUUCCGUUUAAUAGAACAGAGCAAGAAAAAGCGUAAAUUUGCUUCUAGCCUAACAAUCUUUGGUUUUAUUUUAGAUUAGUACAUUAAAGAAACAGAUAAAUUUCUUAUGAAGAAUAGUUAAAAAAAAUUAAUUGUACAAAAUAUGUUGCUCGUAACCAUUGAUAAAGGCAUUUUAACUCCGAAAUAAUGAAAUAUAACGUAAAGUGUAAACUACUGUUUAAAUUCAUUAAAUUCAUAUUUUUCUUAAACAACUUUCACAAUUUCAAUUAUAUCCGAAAGUUUGAUUUAAACUAUAUCACCAAAAUAUAAGCUUUCGAUGAUGAAGAAAUUUCUGCUAGUGAUUACUGUUAUUCUUAUUAUUAUUUUAUCGGAUUAAAUGGUUUUAUCGGAUUAAAUGGCAGUGGAUUGGCAUAAUCUAUAGGGCACUGGAAAAGUCGGCAAGAGUUGGCAGCAAAUGUAGAAUGUGAAAUGAGAUACUUUUUGGUUAAUAUUCCUUUACAUUCUGAAAUUAAAUCUUGCUGAGAAUGACUUUGUCUUCCAUCUUCCGGGUUCGAUAAACAGACGGACGUAUCACUGCAGUAUUUGGGCUAAAUAAAUCUAAAAUAUAAUGCUUA